GCCAUUUUCACUUGGCCUCAGUAUUAUUUCAGUUUUGGUUUAUUUUUAGGUGUCGUUGAGUUGACCGAGCGUCACACGGCUGAUUACUUGAAAAGAGAAUUACUAAAACUCGGCCAAACAUUCCGUAUCCAAUCAUGGCAGUGGUACUCGGCGACAAUCGACAACGCCACAAAUGGCAUAAAAGCAGUCGAUCUCAUACAGGAAAAGCAAAUAGACGACGUUUGUGAACAAUUUUUCUGUAAUAGCGACGAAGGUACAGAAGGCGAAGAUGGCGGUGAAGAUGGCACUGAAGACAACCUGGACGAAAUCGUUGCGAUGUGUAUGAAGAAUUUAGAAAUCAACCAGAUCGAGUGUGUGCGGUGUGGAGCCCAUACACUCAAUCUGGUUGUUGCAGAUGCAACAAAAAUAGCGGAAGCUGAAUUGAAGGCUGUCACUAAAAUAGUUAAAGCGUAUCGAAAAGCGGAAUACCAAACGAGCUUUAAAUACUCUGGGGUUGCCAUGCCCCCGAUUCCAAACCAGAUAAGAUGGAACCACUAUUUUUUGAUGCUCAGGGAACUCAUCAAAAAUCGUGAAUUUUUCGCCGGGUUGGGUGUAAAGCACCCCAUGCUAGAUCUCUCUGGUAGUUGGAAGGUUGUCGACGAUUAUCACGAAGCCUUUGCACCGUUGUACGAUGCCACAAUAGCCGCACAAAAAAACGACUGCGUAAUAAGCCAGUUCCACCUAGAAUGGCUCAAAGCUUAUGGUCGAGUAAUGAAACUUGGAGACAACCGCUUCAGGACUCCCAUUUUGCAAUCCAUGCAGAAACGACAAAAGACUCUAAUGAGCAGCAUGCCUUAUAAAGCUGCACUCUUCAUGGACCCGCGUUUGAACUUCAAUGGUUCCGAGCUGUUUUUAAACCCUGAAAAGCAGAAAAUUGUGGUAAAUACAUAUCUUUUUAAAACUUCUGCUAUUCGCUGAAAUCAUAAAUAGUCGGUGUGUAGAUCAACCGAAACGAGCACCAAAACAAUUUUACCAAAAACAAUAGUAUUCUAAGUUUAACCACACCAUAUGCUUUAUGCAAGCUGCUACAUGGUUUUUUUAUUAUGUCAUUAGGGACUAUUCCAAUCAUUUCGAUUUUGCACGAAAGAUAAUUUCCACACGCCCUGGUUUAAAAAAUGUAUUAAAAAUGGUGCUUGGUUCGGUUUGGUCGCAUCUCAACCAAUUGUGCAUUGGGCUUAUAACUUUAUACUGCCGGUAAUCACAACUCAGUUUAUUUUAUUUGGGUCUUCUGUUUAUAUAGGACUGAUUCUCGGUGACCAGUAUACAUAGGACAAUAAUGCGACUACCAUGGGUAAAGGCUGACAUUGUUAUGAUGCAGUUAACCUCCGCCAACUCAGUAUUCUCAAUUUUUCCGUGCUCCCUUUAGUAUUGAAUCAAUAGGUUACAUACUUUUAUUUAUUUUUUAGUACGUUGCAGUACGUUCUAUUGUAUUAGAGUUUUAAUUUUUCAAUAGUACAGUUGCAAACAACAAAAAAGUGCGUUUAGAAAAAAUGACAAUUUUUAGUUCUCUGAAAUAAUUUUUUGGAGGUAAGUUUUCAAGUAUAGCCCUUAAGGCCGUGAACUUUCUCCCUAUCGCUCAAAUCUCUAUUAAAGUUUGGGUAAAAGUUUUCAAGAAGUUGUACUAUAGAAUAGACCAACUAUUUUUAUUUCGAUGUUUUGAAUAUGAAAAAAUACGUAGCUCUUCAAAGAAUAUUAAACAAAAAAUUAAUUUCCAAAAUCUGAGGCUAGAUUAAGUUUGGUUAACCUACAUAUUAUUUUAAGAUUUCUCGUACUUAAUGACCAAUAUUCAUUAAUUCAUUGCGACUGUUUUUAGGAAUUUCUGGAGAACUUAUUCAAACGACUCGAGCAACAUGAGCAACCUACAAUACCGGUUGUUGCAGGAACCUCGCAAACAAAUACGGACGAGUUCGACAUGGACGAGUUUAUUACAACGAUAUUUGGAGAAGAAUCGAGCUCUGCCGUUGGCGUUGAGCAGACUGCUGUCUCGCAGUUAAUCAGGAAUAUACAGUACCAAAAAAGAGUUCAAGCAACUGAUCCGAAUUUUAAUGUCAUUCACUACUGGUUUGCUAAAAAAAUAGAAGAAGAGCGUAUAUGGCAAAUCGCUCGAGUUGUGUAUUCUGCAGCUUCAACACAAGCGGAUAUCGAGCGCGAUUUUUCGCGGUAUAAUAACGUGUAUACCCCGAUGAGAAACAGACUUUCUGGAGGUAACAUUGAGAACGUGCUGCGAGUCAAGCUUAACCGUGACCUUUUGCCAACUGCACUUACCAGUAUACUACCAAAGGACAGUGCAACUGAAUGUUCGGCCAAUGCUUCUAAUGCUCAACUUUCUGCUAUCAACUGUACCCAGUAGCGCUAUUGCCGUAUUUUGGCCUAAUAUGUUUCAUUUAAAGUGUAUCGUUAUCUCACAGAAAUACUCCCAAGCUCGCUCACAUACAUACACACACACACAUACACACACACAUACACACACAGACAUCGAUAUGCACACAUACACACACCUCGAUACACACACAUACACACGUACGCACACACAUACACAUGUACGCACACACACACACACACGAACGCACACACACACACACACACACACACACACACACACACACACACACACACACACACACACACACGCACACACACGUACAGGCACACAUACACGCACAGGCACACAUACACGCACAGGCACACACACACGCACAGGCACACACACACGCACAGGCACAAACACACACAUUUUUUUAAUAAAAUUGUUAUUUGUUCAUUGAAUUCAAAACAAACAAAAUUAACUUUCGUUUUUUACGAUGAGGAAUCCAUUCAUUUAAUCGGUGUAAAGUCAAAUCGAAGUGAUAUAAUUAGCAUUUGGAGGAAAACGAAUUUUUGAGCUGGUUAGCGAAACUGUUAGCGUCGCUUGGCCUACGAAACGCUAAUCGCUAAUUCGCUAAUUUUGUAGAGAAGCGACAAUAGAAAUAUUCAGAAAAACUGUGAAUUGCUGAUGGCGUAUGUAAAAUUUUCAGAUUAGCGGCUUAGCGAUUAGCGUCGCUAAAUUUUCAGUUAGCGGUACCCACCACUGGUAAUCAUACUUGACUUAUCAUGAACGAACAACAUUUAUCGUUACAAUCCAACCAAUUUAUCCGAAACAAGGUCAUUAGAAAAGCAGCACAUCUUUUUCAUUCAAAAAUGGUAUAUGUGAAAGUAAAUGCAGU